AUGGGCCCCCGGCGGGCCCAGCAGGGCGCGGCGACGCGGGCCGGCAACGUGCUGGCGCCGACGCCGAGCGCCGAGCGGCCGACGACGGCGGACCUCUACUCCAUGCCGUCGGCGCCGCCGGUCGCCGUGCCCCGCGUUGCCUGCCCGACCUGGAGCAGCCAGUACGAGUCGUCCGUCGAGACCUUCGAGAAGACGUCGGCGAAGAAGCGGGCGGCGCCGCGCGGCGGCCGGGCGGCCGGCCGCCGCGGCGGCCGCGGCCGCGGCCGCGGGCCCGCGGCGCCGCCGCCGCCGCGCGCGGCGGCGGCGCCGCCGCGGGGCCCGUCCGCGCCGUCGACGCCCGAGGCGCCGCCCGGCCGCUGGGACGCCGGCGCCAUGGACGCGGAGCUCGCGCAGCUCCUCGCCGCGAGCGGCGCGCCGCCCCAGCGCCGGGAACCGCCGCCCGCCGCUGUGCCGCCGCCGCACCGGAAGCUCGAGGCGUCGAAGUCGGCGCCGCCGGGCGCCUUCCUCGCGCGCGCGUCGCACCUCUACGACCCGGGCCGCACGGCCCCGGACCUCAUCGCCAAGAAGCACGCCGCCGGCGCCAUGACGGGCGACUACUGGGACAAGCUGCUCCACUCGCACCACCGGGAAGCGUUCGACAAGGUGAAGCGGUGGAAGGCGGACCGGCAGGCCGCGCGCGACCGCGAGCUCGGCGGCCAGGCCCAGCUGCUGGCGUCGGCCCAGGCCCAGCUCCAGCGCCUCGGCGGCGACGACGACGGGCUCCGGGCCGUCCUCGCGGGGCUCGUCGCCGAGGUCGAGGCGCCGAAGAACGCCGCGCCGCGGCCCCGGCCCCAGCCGCAGCCGCCGCAGCCCAAGCCGCCGCGCCGCGCCAAGCCCCAAGCGAAGCCCCCGGCGAAGCCCCCGGCAAAAAUCCCCCGGCGGCCGCGGGGCGACGCGCGCGCGAACAACGACGCGGCGCCGCUCGCGCCGCCGCCGCCCGAGCCGUUCGUCGAGCGGCCGAGCGCCGUCGAGGCGCGGCCGGCCCUCGCGACGCCCGCGGGAGAGCGGCCGAGCGCCGUCGAGGCGCGGCCGGCCCUCGCGACGCCCGCGGGCGAGCCCAAGGCCGCCGCGCGGAGCCGCGCGGCGACGCCCCACGGCGACGGCGGCGGCGGCCGGCGGAAGGUCUCCGGCGCGGAGCAUCGGCCUCACGACGCGCCGCCGGGCGCCCACGACGCGCUCGCGUCGCCCGCGUCGCCCGGCGGCGCGUCGCCGGAGGGCGCGCCCGCGUCCGCCUGGGACUGGGGCUCCUGGAACGACGGCGUCGACGACGACGACGCGCGGCCCGCGUCGACGCGGCCGGGCGACCAGCCCGCGCGGCCGCGCGCGCCGACGCCGCACGGCGCGGCGCCGCCGGACGACGCGCCGGCGCCGUCCAUCUCCUGGGCGUCGGGCGUCGACGGCGCGGCGCCCGACGACGACGACGACGACGACGACGACGACAUGUGGUGGCCCGAGCCCGCGGCCCCGGCGGACGCGCCGCGCGCGGCGGCCGCCGGCGCCUUGAACGCCGCGAGCCAGCCGCCGUCCAUCUGCCCGACGCCGAGCCGGAGCGUGCGCUUCGCGGCGGACGUCGGCGGCCCGGGCGGCGGCGGCGGCGACGACGAGGACGCGGCCAUGGACGACUUCGACGCGUUCCUCGGCGCCUUCGCGGGCGAGCGCGAGCGGCAGCGGGCGGGGCUCUCCCUCCUAAAGCCGCACCCUUAG